AAGCAAAGGACUAGGUCGAAAUGCGGAGGAGGUUCAGCAGCAGCAGCGGCGGCGGCGGCAACGGUGGCAGCGGCGGAGUGGUGGAAGUGAUCAGAAGAACAGCAGCAAAUGGCGCUCACAAGAACGGCAAGAACGGCAGCAAUGGCAAUGGUGGCAACAAUGGUGGCAGCAGAAACGGCAGAAGCGGCGAGGAAGAGGCCCUCGUGAAGCUCAUGGAGGAAUCCCAGGUGGCGGGCAACUACGCAGCUCUGGGCGAGUCCUCCACGAACCUCACGCCACGCACGGUCACCAGAGUCCUACGCGAGCUCACCUCCUCGUCCCUCGCGCUGCGCUUCUUCCGGUGGUCGCAGCAACAGCCGCGCUUCCUCCACAACACCUUCACCUGGAACACGCUCCUGGCCGCGAUGGUCCGCGCCGGCAGCCACAACCGGGCGCUGCAGCUCUUCCGCGAGAACCCAUGCCAGCUCCCGGCCUCGAGCGUCACCUACAACGUCCUCAUCCGCGGCUUCUGCAACGCCAGCGACCUGGACGCCGCCUUCUCGCUGCUCCGGGAGAUGGACGUGGAGGGCAUGCAGUGCAACGAUCGCACCACCAGCAUCAUCCUCCAGGGGCUGUGCCGCUGCGGCCGCGUCGCCCAGGCGCUGGAGCACUUCGACGCCUCCCUGGAGCUCGCGCACGCGCAGCCGGACGUAGUCUCCUACACCACGCUCAUCAACGGGCUGUGCAAGCUCGGCCGCGUCGACGCCGCCUUCGAUCUCUUCCGGAAGAUGGUGGCCGCGGGGGGGUGCCGCCCAAACGCAUUCACGUACAACGCGCUGGUGGACGGGCUGUGCAAGCAGGAUCGGCUGGACGCCGCGCGGGCCGUCAUCGCCGAGGCCCGCAAGCGCGACUUCGCGCCGGACGUGGUCACGUACAACACGCUCAUGGCGGCGCUCUUCCAGCUCGGCCGCGUCGACGAGGCGCUCGCCACCUUCACGCAGAUGACCGAGGAGGGCUACGUCCCCACGCUGGUGAGCUUCAACGCCAUCAUCACCGGGCUGUGCCGCGCGCGCCGCCUCGCCGACGCGCUCGAGGUGUUCAACGAGAUGAUCGACCGCGACUUCCACCCCAACCUCGUCACCUACAGCGUCGUCAUCGACGGGCUGUGCAAGUCGGACCAGCUCGACGAGGCGCAGCAGCUCCUGGACAGGAUGGUCUCGGAGGGAUGCCGCCCGGACCUCGUCGCCUACACUCCGCUCGUCCUCGGCUUCUCGGCCGCCGGCCGCCUCGACUCGGCGCUGGGACUGCUCCGGAGGAUGGUUUCGCAGGGAUGCAUCCCGGACGUGGUCACGUACACGGUGGUGAUCGACAAGCUGUGCAAGGUGGGCCGGGUGGACGACGCGCACGAGAUCUUCCGCGAGCUGGUUGCGAACAAGUGCUCGCCGAAUGUGGUGACUUACAGCGCGCUCAUCGGGGGCUACUGCCGGGCGAGCCGAGUGGACGAGGGAGGCAAGGUGAUGAGGGAGAUGGCGUGCCGGCCAAACGUUGUCACUUACAACACCAUGAUCUGGGGGCUGUCGAUGGUCGACCGGAACGAGGAGGCGUAUGGGAUGUUUCGCGAGAUGAGCGAGUGUGGAUUCGUGCCGGACGCGCGGACGUACCGCGGGCUCAAGCGGGCGUUGAGGAUGAUCGAUCAUCCUCCUCAUGUUUUGACGGGAGCUUAAAGCAAGAUUUUAGGGCUCGUGAUGGACUUCCA